AUGGCUAGGGAGGACACGGAGUCCCUGCACUAUCACUACCGGACAAAGGCAGAGGUUCCGUGGGAUAUCCAAAACUACUGGGCUCAGAGAUACAAGAUCUUUUCCAAGUAUGAUGAAGGCGUCUGGCUGACGGACGAUGCAUGGUUUGGCGCAACGCCGGAACCUGUAGCGAACAAGAUAGCACUUCAUAUGGCACAGGCAGCUCCGGAGAAGAAGUGUAUCUUGAUAGAUGUAUUUGCUGGAGCAGGUGGAAAUACCAUAGCGUUUGCAAAAUCAAACCGGUGGAAGCGUGUCUACGCCAUUGAAAAGGACCGGGAGACACUGAAGUGCGCUAAGCACAAUGCUGAGCUGUACGGUGUGGCAGAUAAGAUUACCUGGUUCGUGGGGGACUGCUUCGAGCUUCUUCAGGACCAACUGAAGGAUCUGGCUCCGUAUAGUGUCAUAUUUGGUAGUCCGCCAUGGGGUGGCCCAGGAUAUAGGUCUGAUGCAGUAUUCAACCUGUCAACUAUGGAGCCAUAUUCCCUAGAAGUCCUCCACGCCGAGUUCUCCAAAUUCACCCGGGAUGUGGUGCUGUUCCUCCCUCGUACCUCAGAUCUGAGACAGCUAGCUGCCAUUACUGCUCCAGACAAGAAGUCACUUGUUAUGCAUUACUGCUCUGAGGGUGCCAGCAAGGCCUUAUGUAUAUACAAUGGAGACUUUCAGCCUAUUGAUGAAUGA